AGCGUUUCCUCCCAGGGGUGACUUGGCGGUGAUACACUCUGUUUCCUCACUUCUGCAAUUGCCAGACGCACAGAGGCUGAGGCUGGGGCCAGGACCAGGCAGAGACACACAGCCCUGCAGCUGCAGCCGCUGCCCCUGCUACAGGCACUGCCAGGGCCAAGACCAGUUGAUCAUUCCAGCCCACAGCAAUGGAGCCACAUGACUUCUCCCACGUGGACUCUGAGUUCCGAUACACUCUCUUCCCGAUUGUUUACAGCAUCAUCUUUGUGCUUGGGGUCAUUGCUAAUGGCUACGUGCUGUGGGUCUUUGCCCGCCUGUACCCUUCUAAGAAACUCAAUGAGAUAAAGAUUUUCAUGGUGAACCUCACCAUGGCGGACAUGCUCUUCUUGAUCACCCUGCCACUGUGGAUUGUCUACUACCAAAACCGGGGCAACUGGAUUCUCCCCAAAUUCCUGUGCAACCUGGCUGGCUGCUUCUUCUUCAUCAACACCUACUGCUCUGUGGCCUUCCUGGGCGUCAUCACUUAUAACCGCUUCCAGGCAGUGACUCAGCCCAUCAAGACUGCUCAGACCAACACGCGCAAACGUGGUAUCUCUUUGUCCCUGGCUAUCUGGGUGGCCAUUGUGGGCGCUGCAUCCUACUUCCUCAUCAUGGACUCCACCAACACAGUGUCCAACAGUGCUGGCUCCGGCAACAUCACCCGCUGCUUCGAGCAUUACGAGAAGGGCAGCAUGCCCGUCCUCAUCAUCCACAUCUUCAUCGUGUUCAGCUUCUUCCUGGUCUUCCUCAUUAUCUUCUUCUGCAACCUGGUCAUCAUUCGUACCUUGCUCAUGCAGCCGGUGCAGCAGCAGUGCAACGCUGAAGUCAAGCGCCGGGCGCUGUGGAUGGUGUGCACGGUCUUGGCGGUGUUCAUCAUCUGCUUCGUGCCCCACCACGUGGUGCAGUUGCCCUGGACCCUGGCUGAACUGGGCUUCCAGAACAGCAACUUCCACCAGGCCAUUAACGACGCACAUCAGGUCACCCUCUGCCUCCUUAGCACCAACUGUGUCUUAGACCCUGUAAUCUACUGUUUCCUCACCAAGAAGUUCCGCAAGCAUCUCUCCGAAAAGUUCUACAGCAUGCGCAGCAGCCGGAAAUGCUCCCGGGCCACCACGGAUACGGUCACUGAAGUGGUUGUGCCACUCAACCAGGUCCCUGGCACUUCCCUCAAAAAUUAGUCCCUGCUUGUUGGGGCCAGGCCUGAAGUCUUCCCCACCAUGGACAUCAUGAACUGAGCUGGGGAAGAAGGGCUAUCUGCUGUGGUCUGGGUACCACCUCUGUGGGCCCUGGUGGGCCAUUAGGUUUGGAGGCUAAUUCACCUGGGCAAGGAUGAUGGCAGAGCCAGACUGUCAGAAAAUCCAGAACUCAAAUGAGCCCCUUCAUCUGCCUGUGGGCGCAUACGGUAGUAACUGUGGCUGAUUACCUCAUCCUGAGUCCCUUAAUCUUAACCUGCCAGGGCCAGGUGCAGAGGUGCAGACACUGGGGGAAGACUUUGAGCCACCUAGCGCUCCCCGAUGGGGCAUCAGUCUAAAGCUCUGGGCGAGCACUCUCAAGGGACAGAGGCAGAAAUGGGAGUUGGGAAAGGGACAGUGUCCUCUCUGUGUGGCACUAUCUUGGGGCAGACUUUUGAGCUAGGAUGAUGCCGUCCUCUCUCCACCCUCAGGCACAAGGUCUUUGUGACCUUUCUCAGGGGAAGUGCCUUGAUGGAACCUUCUCUGACUCACCUGGCAACCUGUCCCGAAUGGUGACCAGAGAAGAUAAAACAUGAACAGACCAAAAGCUAGGAAAGGAGCUUGCUUCCCAAGGCAGACGUGUCUCUCCGCAAAGGCCUCGCCUCUGGCCUGGUCAGCUCUGGGGGAGUAGGAGAGAGAUGCCCACCUCCUCCAUCUUUCCAUCUCAACAACAGUCCCUAAUUAAGUACCUUCUGUGGGGCAGCCACCUACUGAGGAUGUGCAAAGGCCACUUGAGAGCAAAACUGGAGCUGGGCGAAGUGGUUCAUGCCUG